AUACUGGAGAUAUAACGAGGACAUGAGGACGAUGGACCCAGAUUACCCCAAAUCCAUCAAAGUCUGGAAGGGCAUCCCUGACUCACCACAGGGGGCGUUCGUGGAUAAAGCCAAUGGCUAUACCUACUUCUACAAGGGCAAAGAGUACUGGAAGUUCAACAACCAGCUGCUUCGUGUGGAGCCCGGCUACCCCAGGUCAAUUCUGAGGGACUUCAUGGGCUGUGAUGGCCUGCCUGCCGACCCCAACUGGGACUGGAGUCUCCCAGUGGCAGAGGAGGGCCAUUACGACACCGGCGACGUGGACGUCGUCAUGAAACCAGACAGCGCAGGGAGCACGGAGAAAGCCGUGGCCAUCGCCAUCCCCUGCGUUCUGGCGCUGUGCAUGAUGGUCCUCCUCUACACCGUUUUCCAGUUCAGGAGGAAGAGCACUCAACGGCACAUACUGUACUGCAAGCGCUCCAUGCAGGAGUGGGUCUGA